AUGGCCGCACAAGAGCCCACCGACAUCAUAAUCCUUACAGUUGACCUCAGUCCAUACUUACAUAGCCCUGCGUCAGUUGCUGCCGAUGCCAUUGUGGGUGAGAUCCGAAAAGCUUGCGCCACCAGUGGGUUUUUCCAGCUGGUAUGGCACAGUGUUUCCAAGUCCCUCCCACAACAGGCAUUUGUGGCAGCGAAAGCCCUUUUCAAUCUCCUAGACAAGGAAAAGUGCAAGCUUAGUGGGACUCCUGGUCGUGGAUAUGAGGUCUUGGGAACCCAAUUCCUCGAGCCCGGGAAGAAGGCUGGUUUGGAAGAGGGGUAUUUUCUAGGACGCGAAGCUCCAGACGGCAAUCCGCCAUUUCCCCCUUUUCUAGAGCCCAACGUCUGGCCAAGUCCAGAGCUUAUUCCACACUGGCAUUUCAAGAUCCCUCUGCUCGAGUACCAUCGCGCUUUGUCAGAUUCGUCCUCCAUUGUCUUGCGAGUUACUGCAUCAGAAAUGGAAAACAUGGAUACUGGUGUAUUCGCCGACUUUAGGCAAAAUCCCAUUGAAUCAGUAUUGAACCAGGACAAAAAUGAAUGGAUUGAAGUCACACCGCGAGAUGAUGCAUACGUCGCCAACAUCGGAGACAUGCUGAGUGUUUGGACCGGUGGCGCUUACAAGAGUAACAUUCACCGGGUCAUCAACAAUUCCGGAUCUGAAAGAUAUUCGAUUCCAUUCUUCUCGGAUGGAAACGCCGAUUGCGUGAUUAGAUGCCUAGACGAAUCCGCGGAGAACAAGGCAGGACGGACCUACUGUGGAAGAACAUAUACUGUGCCGAUAUGCCCAAAAUUAUAA